UUCAAAUUUCACCUUUCAUACCUCCUAUCAUAUCCAACACCACAAUAUCGAACCAUCACUUCCAUCAAAAACUCAACUUUCGGAUAAGCUCCGGCAAUGACAGCCACGGCUUUUCGACAAAUCCAUCCAAAUCCUUCAUUGGCUUUGCAUGAUGUGUCCAAAUUACGAUCUUUACGAAAUGCAGUGAUUGGAAGUAGGACACGCAAGUCCGAAAUUGUAGCCCAAGGUACCGUUCCUGGAUUGGUAAAUUUGCUUUCCAAUGAUGAAACAAAUGAUGAAGUGCUAGGACUUGUGGCUUCGAUCAUUUGCUCUUUAGCUCAUGCUGCUCCACCUCCAACGCUACUUUCACUAUGUAGAGCAGGCGCAACUGAAGCAAUCUUUCGAUCAUUAAACAGUUUGGUAAAUCGAAUGUCAGACACUUUAUCUUCCCGAUCGGUAGAAGAGUUCAACUCCAAAUCUAUCUCGGAUCUCUUGAAGGAUCAGCUCAAGCUUCUAGAGCUCUUAUUGCGUGCCUUGCGUGCACUCCUAAUGGCUUUAUCCGAUGAGGUGGCACCAGGAACAAGAUGGGAGCGUGGUUUAGGCUUAGGAAACCGAACAACGUCAAAUCACUUUUCUCAGACUCGCAUCAAUGCUUCCGGAAAGAGUGCUCGUGAGGUUGUAGGAUGGCAUAUGGCAGAUGCUGGAUUUGAUUCGGACGGAGAUGCAAAGAUGAUGUCCAGAUCCAAUUCCAACCUAGGGGCUACUAGUAAAGACGAUCAAGUACAUACUUCACAUCGUCAAGAGCUCAUGAUCCUCGCACGAAAAGCAAUCGCAACCACAUUCCAUCCUGACAAUUUGCACUUAUGGCUCGGCGCUUUGUUUGUAGCCAAAUUGCCUUUCGCAACGAAAACCAAACAAGAUUCUUCGUCACAAGAUCGUAUUUCCACUCGUCCAAGCAGUCCGGCUACUAUCGUACGUGGAAGCAGUAUGUCACAUGAUGUGAACAUCUCACGUAGCUCUAGCCGAAUGUCAUUAUCAUCGGACAUAGGGAGUAGACUGCCACAUUCAUCUGAUCCUGUCCUUUCAACUCCUAUAUCUAGCGGCAAAGUACGAAUCUUAUCAAUCGUAGAAAUGGUCGCUGGAAUCCUUUCGUCUUGUUUGGCAGUAGUAAGCCAGGAAGGUGACUCUGGUAAAGACAACAGCUCAAGAUUGCCAACAGAGGUGAUUGCUCGACGUAGGAAAGCAAUCUUGGAUUUUACUGCAGCACAAAGUCGUUAUUGGUGGCCUUCGAAUAGUACUCUGUAUAGCACAAAAGAAGUGGACGAAGAGGAAGAGAGCGAGGCACGCGGGCGAGUGGAGCAAAAGGAAGUGGAAAUCGAUGAGAUUCAAGGCUCUUUUGUAAAACGCGGUAAGAGUAUCGAUGGACGCAAUAUGGACGAGAAAGAACAAGAAGAUGCUGUACGGCUACAUCGCUUGAAGGAGGCUCAGCGAAAAACAGCAAUGAUGGCAGCGGACCCAUCUUUCUCACCCGACGAUGGAGUUCUGAGUGUUUUAUUGGAAGGUGUGGAAUGUGGUUAUGCUAAAACACAAGAAGCUUCCUUAUGGGCGUUGACGGAUCUCUCAAAAGAGAACAAGGAGACGAGCAGAAAGCUUUUCUCUUGUACCACUCCUUCUGGUCGUAUUCCUACGUCCAUGUUAUUGGAUUUACGCAAAGAUCCAUCGGCAAACGUUCGUUUAGCAGCUUUCUCAUGCUUGGCACAUAUCAUCAAAGUUCACCCGUUCACACCACGUACCAAUGAAUGCGUUUUGUCGGUUUUGGUCGAAUUGAUGAAUGUUGCCGGAGAAGUACAAAUUGCUGCAAUUUUUGCUUUUGCACGUCUGGUGGCGGAUGAUGCUGAUUUGCAAGCACUAGCAUGUGAUUCGUAUGAAUGCAUUGAAAAGUUGGGUCAACUUUUGGCCAAUAGCAAGGCGAACAGCUAUACUUCCCCGGCAAAUUUGAGCACGAGUUCUGCUGAGGGUAUACGUGAAGGACUUGCUGAUCGAUUAAGAGAAGCAACUUUGACGGCAUUGGCAGCUUUAUGCUUCCAAGGUGACGAUACCAGACGUAAGUUCGUCGAUCAUACCACUCCUUCCCUUUUGCCGCUCGUAGUGGCCUCCUUAUCCGCUCCGCAAAUUGGUAUAAGGAUUGCAGCUUGUCGACUUGUUCGAGCUUUGAGCAGAAGUAUCAGUAUCUUACGAACCUCUUUGGUGGAUGCGGGUGUGGCUGAUCGACUUUUAGCAAUAUUGCAAGAUGAUCAUGAAGAUCAAGAAGUACGAUUGGAAGCUAUUGCUUCUAUUUGUAACCUUGUACUCAAAUUUAGUCCAAUGAAGCAAGUUUUAUUGGAUGGUGGAGGCAUUGCAAAGCUUGUUGAAAUGGUGAAAGAUGAUUCGAUGGAUGGCAGUACGAAAUUGAACGCAUUAUGGGCCAUCAAGAACUUAUUGUAUUCAAGUGAAACAAACAUCAAAGGUGAAGUGAUGCAGGCUUUAGGAAGUAAGCUUUUGCGUCAAAUGUGUCUUUCAAACGACGACGAUAUACAAGAACAAGCAUUGAAUAUCGUCCGCAAUUUGUGCAAUUCUAGGGAAGAGGAUAUAGAGGCUACUCUGCUCGCAUUUGGUGGAGGUGAUGAAUUAAUCAAUAUGAUCGAGGAGGUAAUUUGGCAAAGGAGGAACGAUAAUGCGAUAGAACAAGCCGCAUUUGUGAUUGUGAAUUUAGCAUCAGGAAGUGAUGAUCAUCGAAAGUUAAUUAUUGGAAAGCCAAAUUUGUUGGAUGCAAUGGUUUAUUUCCUUAAUCAUCCUCGUGCUCAAAUUCGUGUAGCGGGUAUUUGGGCAGCCUUUAAUCUUACACAACCGACAAGAACGCCUCAUAUCGCUUUGGAAGCGGCAUUAUGUCUCAAAUCGUUUGGAUUUGAUAAACGAUUGAAGGAAUUGGUGGAUGAUCCUGAAAGGGAUGUAUCCGAUCGUGCACGUGGUUUAAUUUCUCGUUUCGAAUCGCCAUGAAAAAAGAAUGGAGAAAGUACGAUACAAGCAUUCUUAUUAAUUACUAUAUUAUCAUAUUAUUUCAGAUUAUGUCUUUCAUAGCAUGAUUGAUGCAUUUAUACAUCACAGCCAUCAUUUUUUCCAGUGAUAAGAUGACUCGAAAGAAUUGAAUAGUACCCAC